CACCCAUCUCCUCUCCUCCGAACCGGAACAUGAGAAACCUCCCCUCGCCUCCGUUGUCAUUCCUCCUCCUCGUCCUCGUCGCAGUCGCCGGUGCGGCGGAUUCUGCCGGUGGUUCAUCGUCCGGAGACGCAAUAUUCGACACCGGCGGACUCAGCCGGCGGAGUUUUCCGUCGGGUUUCGUGUUCGGGACUGCCACGUCAGCUUAUCAGGUCGAAGGCGAGACUUACCAAGACGGACGCGGCCCGAGCAUCUGGGAUACCUUCGUCAAGAUCCCCGGCAUUGUAGCCAAUAAUGCCACGGCUAAUGUGACGGUGGAUCAAUAUCAUCGUUACAAGGAAGAUGUGGAUUUGAUGGCCAAAUUAAACUUCGAUGCUUACAGAUUCUCAAUUUCUUGGUCCAGAAUAUUCCCAGAAGGAACCGGUAAAGUUAAUUGGAAAGGAGUUGCUUACUACAACAGCCUCAUCGAUUACUUGCUCAAGAAAGGAAUAACUCCGUAUGCGAAUUUGUAUCACUAUGAUCUUCCCGAGGCUUUGGAGAAGAGAUACAAGGGCUUGCUCGGUAAACAAGUCGUGAGAGAUUUCGCGGAUUAUGCGGAAUUUUGUUUCAAGACAUUUGGAGAUAGAGUGAAGAACUGGAUGACGUUCAAUGAACCGAGGGUGGUGGCCGCGUUAGGGUACGACAACGGGUUUUUCGCACCGGGAAGAUGCUCUAAGGCUUUUGGAAACUGCACCGCCGGUGACUCAGCCACCGAACCGUACACCGUCGCCCACCAUCUCAUUCUGGCCCACUCUUCUGCCGUUCAGAGAUACCGCCUCAAAUAUCAGGAAAAACAAAAGGGGAGGAUCGGAAUUCUUUUGGACUUUGUUUGGUAUGAGCCUCUCACGAGAGGGAAGGCCGAUAACUUGGCGGCCCAAAGAGCAAGAGACUUCCAUGUCGGAUGGUUUAUUCACCCAAUUGUGUACGGAGAGUACCCCAAGACAAUGCAGAACAUUGUGGGCGAUCGAUUACCAAAGUUCUCGGAAGAAGAAGUGAAAAUGGUAAAGGGGUCGAUGGAUUUCGUGGGUAUAAACCAGUACACGACCUACUACAUGUAUGAUCCUCAUCUCUCCAACCCACCAAAGUACUUUGGUUAUCAACAAGAUUGGAACGCCGGUUUCGCAUUUUCCAAGAAGGGAAAGCCGAUUGGACCAAGGGCGAACUCGUAUUGGUUAUACAACGUACCAUGGGGUAUGUACAAAGCCUUGAUGUAUAUUAAGGAACGAUACGGAAACCCGACCGUGAUUCUCUCCGAAAAUGGUAUGGAUGAUCCGGGGAAUGUUACUCUAUCUCAGGGAUUACAUGACACAACGAGAAUCGGAUUCUAUAGAGGAUAUUUGACGCAGCUUAAGAAGGCGGUUGACGAUGGAGCCAAUGUAGCCGGAUAUUUUGCAUGGUCGCUGCUCGAUAAUUUCGAGUGGAAAUUGGGAUACACUUCAAGGUUUGGAAUCGUGUACGUUGAUUACAAGAACUUGAAGAGGUAUCCCAAGAUGUCUGCUCACUGGUUUAAGCAGCUUCUGGAGCGAAACAAGAAAUGAGCCAUAAUAAAUGGUCGACACAUUUUGUGAGGGGUUGUAAUUGAUCGUUUCAGAAAUGUGGGGUAUGUUUCGUGGCUUGGAAAAUGUUGAUGCGUGAAAGUGUAACCUUUUCAUGUGGACUGAUCAACUUUAAUAAAGCUUUAGUUACAGUUAA